AAUGGCGGCGCCCAUGGUGAGAAGCUGGCGGCUCCUGACUUCAUUCAGGACAUCGGGAUCCUUUCUUUCGUCGCUGGGAAGGGCUGCGGUCAGAGUGCCGAGCCGGUGUAAGAGCGGUAGGAAUGUGCUGCAGCUUCACCAGCGAGGCAUCUUCGAAGACAUCUUCCCGGAGGCCGGAAAUCUGCACCAGUUGCUGGAGUCUGGGCCUCAGACCCUGUACUGCGGCUUUGACCCGACUGCCGACAGCCUGCACGUCGGCAACCUGCUCGCCCUCAUCGGGUUGCUGCACUUCCAGCGGGCCGGUCACCGCGUCCUGGUGCUGCUGGGGGGAGCCACGGCUCGAUUGGGCGACCCGAGCGGCCGGAGCAGCGACCGGGAAGCCGUGGGUGCGGGCACGGUGCAGGAGAACGCCCGAGGGAUCCAGGAGGGGAUCCUCAACGUGUUCCAGAACCACCGUGUCUGCUUCUGCAGCGAGGCUGAGGCUGCCAACUUGGGGCCGCUCAGCAUUCUCAAUAACUGGUCGUGGUAUAAGGAUCAGGAGGUGGUCGGUUUCCUCGACACGGUGGGUAGGCAUUUCCGCAUGGGCACCAUGCUGAGCAGACACAGUGUGCAGUCCCGACUCAAGAGCCCAGAGGGCAUGAGUUUGACUGAGUUCACUUACCAGAUGUUUCAGGCAUACGAUUUCUAUUAUUUAAAUCAACAUCACGACUGCAGAAUCCAACUGGGAGGAACAGAUCAGCUGGGUAACAUGAUGUCUGGAUACGAAUUUAUACACAAGGUGACCGGGCAGGACGUUUACAGCAUCUUGAUACCACUUGUAACCAAUUCGUCAGGAGACAAACUGGGAAAAACUGCAGGAAAUGCAAUAUGGUUGAACAGAAACAAGACUUCACCCUUUGAACUGUACCAGUACUUUGUCAGACAACCUGAUUCAAAUAUAGAAAGGUAUCUGAAACUUUUUACCUUCAUCCCACUUCCUGAGAUUGAGAGCAUUAUGGUCAACCACAGAAAUGAUCCAGGAAAGCGUAAUGCCCAAAAACGACUUGCAGCAGAAAUCACAAAAUUGGUUCAUGGCAAAGAAGGACUAGAGUCUUCCAAAAGAUGUACAAAUGCACUCUAUCAUAGUAGUAUGGGUGCCCUUGAGGCCAUGUCAGAUGAAGAGCUACAAGAAUUGUUUAAAGAAGCACCAUUCUCUGAGAAUCUGCUUGAGCCAGGCACAACAGUGCUGGAUCUUUGUCGUAAAGCUAAUGCUAUACCAGAUGGACCCAGAGGAUACCAGAUGAUCACAGAUGGUGGAAUUUGGAUUAAUCAUAUACGAGUUACAAAGCCAGAACAAGUGCUGGUUUUGGGACAGCAUAUUCUGACAAAUGGGCUAUCGUUGCUUAGAGUUGGAAAGAAAAAUUACCACGUAGUCAAAUGGCUCAAUUUGGCAGCUUAGUCAGUGAGGUUUAUGGAUGUUAUUUUGUUGUGGAAAUGAGUAUCUAUGUUUUCAGGUUUCAUUUAAAAACAUAUUUAAGAGACCAUGUCACAUGCAGAAAUCUGGACUCAGAGUUCUAGUUAUGCUUUUACCAAGGUUUAACAGGGAGAACAUGUGUCCAGUAACUAUGGCAAUGGACCACUAGAGCCCAAACUGGAAACCUUUUCAAUUUGUAAUUUUAAUAUUCAAUAUUGAGUAAAUGUUGAGGAUUUUGGAUGAAUCACUUUCCAUCAAUGGCAUGCCUUUUCUUGGAAAGGGAACACUAUAUGUACCAUUCCUCUUGGUCAACCAGUUUUAUUAGUUGGAUAAGUAUGAAGAAAUUAGAUGUUUCUAUUGCCUCAUUAUCCUCACUGAAAUGGAAGCGGGUGAGCAACAGAGGUUUCAAUACGCAGAUUUGGUCCCAGUUAGGAUAACUUCUAGUAAUUUAGAAUGUGGGUGAUAGUAAUUGAAAUCUUUGACAAAAUUGUAAAAUAAUUGGGAUAGAAUUUCACAUUCUCAAUGCAUGGUGAGCAUUGAAUUACAAUUUGCUGAUGUACCUCUCAAACUUCUGAAUUUCUGAAGUCAGCAUUCAAGUUCACUUGCAGUCAUCUAUUUUAUACAGCCACUGUACUGUAUAGAUUUUUAUGCUCACUGAGUGAGAAGGGUCUACUAUGAUCAGGUGAUUAAUUACUACAUAAGGCUAUUUUUUUUAAUAAAUCUGUACAUAAUGUAUACAAGAGUUCCAUAUAGUAGUAAAAUAGGAAAUGAAUUACAAGAUGUGAAAACA